AUGGACAAAUGCUUCAUGGGCAAGGCUCAUGAAAACGCAAUUAAUGUAGAUAAACAAGUUAGUACAGAAGAAUCUGGUGAAAGAUCAAUAUUCCAAGAGUUGCAGAAUGGUAUUUGGGAUGCCACAUCAUAUUUUAUGGAUGAAGAUGAUGGCAGUCCCUUUCCUGUUUCAAGUUGGUUUGGACUGAAGCGAUAUAUAAUGUUAUGCCCUGAUGUUCCACUCGUUGAUGGGAGUAUUAUAAAAAUGGUGAUGAGUUCAGUUAAUAUUGCAUUUGCAAAUGUGGACUGUGCUGUUCCCAUCUUUGUCAAGAUCAGAGAACAUUGGCAACAUAAUUAUCAGGGAUUUUAUGAAGAUAAUGAAUAUAAAACUAGCUUUGACACAAUACAUCUGAAAAGAAUAUCAAAUCAAUGUUCUCAUCUGACUGGACUUGUCAGUUUAUUUAAAUCAAAGAUAUCCUCGCCUGUCGCUCUGGAUGCCGUAAUGGUAUCUGCAAAAUUUUCUUAUGAGCUGAAAGAUUCUGAAGCUUUUGCUUGGAGAAAACUCACACAUUCCAAUGAAUUUUUGUCUAUAGAUGGUUUUGAUGUCAAAAAACUAAUUGAAUUGCCUUUUGGUUCUGAAAGAAAUCCUGUGGCAAGUAUACUUCUCAAUGCAAUUUGGCCCAGGUUUCGAGAGAGUACUAUAGUGGACUCGUCAACUUUUUCUGAUAUUGACCCUAUAAUGGCUCCUGUUUGGAAAGUUACUUUAAAAUUGAGAGAUAAUAUAGUUUGCCAAUUAUCAGAGACCAUAAGCAAAGUGAUGGAUUUGUUACAAAACAAUGCUCUUAUUAUGGACUCACUUGGUUUAAGCAGGAGCCUGGGUCUAGUGAAUCCAUUGAACAGAAUAACUGAAGCUCCUAUAACAAUCUCAAAAUUAGUGAAAGCUGCUAUUGGUCAAGGCAGCAAUGUCACAGAGUUCAAAGGGCCAAUACCUGAUGAUUUAUUGAUGGCACUAUUGUAUUAUGUUUUUCCGGAUGCUGUUGAAGAUGACACUUUCAACUAUCCUGAACAAUUAGAAGUGGAAUUUAAGAGUGAUACAAAUGAAAGCAAAUUAUGUAACUAUGUGAAAACUAGUCCAGAGGGUGGACUCGUGUGGAGGUUAUCAGUGACAGCAGCUCGGUUACAUCAUGCAGGAGGAUUGCCUUAUUUGGCUCACCUGUGGUAUGAGUUUAUUCAGGAAUUGCAAUACAGAUGGGAACACAAGAUAUUGGUACCAGGGUAUGUAUAA